UAAGCUGUUUUCGCGGAUUGAUGUGAAGUUGUACGCGCGGUGGCACUUAAUCAAGAUUUGGAACUUGAAGUUUCAGUAUAAACUGGAAACUAUUUCGUGUGUAAAUGGGAAAAUUGAUUUUAAAAACUGUUUCUUAACAAUACUAUUAUUGUGAAAAGUGGUUAGGUAGUGUUUUUUGGCCAAUUCGGUUGAAGAAUGAAUGCUGGAUAUAUGAAGUGCAAUAAUCGAUUGAAAAAGAAGUUAUCAAUGGAGAUUUUGGCAGUUUGUGAAUUAAGGUGUUGAGUGAAGCAGAACGAAUAAAGACUUCUUGUCUUGUUUAAUACGUUUGGCAAAGUUGCUCAAGCAAACUUGUUUAGUGAAAUUCAAAUCCAUAGGUGAAGUUUUUUUCUACUUCGUUUCCCAUUGAGUUAUCCACGAAGGAGUGUCUCGCCUUUUUUCUGGCUAGACGACUGGAGAAAAAUCCUGGUUGGCAAGCAGAAUACUCACACACCCAGGCUUCAGUCAGUGGUGUUGUUUGCAGUAGUUCCAGUUCCAGACAGUAGACAGACACCACAGCAUAGGUGUGAAGCCAGUGUAGAGCAUUAAUGUGAAUUUUGCAUAAAGAAACGAAAAUAUUCAAUCCAUAGUGUUUAUUUCCGAUCUUUACGCUCGGUCUGUUCGAACAAGUAGCGCUGAGUGUCGACGAACAAGAGGCGGUUGGAAGUUAUCAAAGACAAAAAUCGAAAGUGAAACAAUCAGUAUUGAUGAGGUGGAGAUCCAUCUGUGUGGAAAACUGAGCAGUUGAAGAAAAUAAGAAAAAUAACUAAAGAUAAAGGUAUAAAGAGUGCUAUUUUUCGACUUGGCCAUCGUUAAAUUGCGUAAAGAAGCAUUAUUUUGUGGCGGCAUUAAGUGCGCUCACCCAAAUGAUACGUGGUGUGUGUUGGUGGAUGUGGUAGAUGAAUUGCGUGCAAAAGCACUGGUGGUGAAUAAGUAUUUUAAAAAGCAAAUUUUCGAUGCCUUGACGAGUGCAGCAGCCAACGGAAAAUAAUGGAAAUAUCAGUUUUAUUGUGGAUUUAAUGUAAUUUCGAUGACACUGAAGCUGCAUAUUACAAACAUUAUUCGAGGCCAGCCAACAAUUACAUGGCUUAGCGAAGCAGUAUCUUCCGAUAUACCCCACCGAUUUACAACUGUGUACCAGCGGCAAAGUACCGGAACAGCCCGCACUUGAAUCAGAAUAAAAAUGUGGCGAGUGCAUGACAUACAGUAAGCCUUUUGUGUGCAACCCUCGAACAAAAUGUAAACAACGGUUCAUAAUUUCGCGUAUAAAAAAAGAAGAAGAAGGAAUCACCUUCUACUGCGUGGCCAUAGCAAAUGGGUGUGAGUGUGCAAAAUUUCGUGGGAUCGAUGGGGGUUUUCGGGGCUGCAUCCAACAAGCCCCUCGCGAUAUGAGUUCAGCAGUGCAGUACGGCUAACGGUGUGCGUGCAUGUGCCGGUGGAUGGGUUUAGUGCAGUAUCGCAAAAUAAUCAUUGAAAACGGUCGUGGUGGAAAGUGAAGGAAGUACACAAAUAGAAGAAUCAAUGGAGUGCACUGGUGGUGUAAUCAAUAUGAAGAUGACGGCGACCUGCCAUCUGCGACAACGUUAGACGUGAUACUUGCGAGGGAUUGCCGAUUGCAUAAGAGAAGCACGAGAAACUUUGCGAUUACUCGCUAACUAAUAAAUCUGGAAUUCAUUUUUUGGAGGUUUCCGUAACGAGUGAAAUCAAUCCACAAGAUGGACAAAUCAUCGGCUGCGAAUGCCGCUUCGGGGCCUAAGGUAUCCCAAAUCGCUAAUCUAUUUCAGCGAAAGCCGGUUGAAUUGGCACCUGAAGUAUCCGCCAAAGAGGUCGUAAACCAUCCAUCUCCUACGGCUACAGUUGUGCGAACUGAAUCACACGCCGCACGAUUCAACAACGCAAGGGCACUGUUUGAAAAACUCGGUGAAGGGCGCGUGAAUAGGCCACCACCAUUCAGUAUUAAGAUGUCACAUUCCAGUAGUAAGGAGGAUAAUCUGUCGGAAGUAGGCUCCGAACAUGAUCGAUCGCCUUCUCCCAAGCGGAGGCAUCAUUCAAUAACUAAUGGAAUUGGCAAAAUCGAUUCCAAUAGAAUACUUAAUCAAUCGAGACUGAAAUCGGAGAAACCCGAAAAGCCGGAGAAGCCGGAACGGAAGUUUAACUCGCGAGAGUUGAUAGAAAAGCAGAAGAACUGGACAUCACAUUUUUCAAAAACGCGAACCACAAAGGUUGGCAGCGAUUUCAAUAGAUGUGAUAUUAUAAGAACUGUCCCGGGUACGGGAAUCAUACCUGGAGGAAGUAAUGUUCCGAGUGUCACCCCAGCUACAACCAACGGAGAGGCUUGUGUGCAACCACCCAAAGAUCUAAGCAGACCGGCUCGUGUAGAAGCUCCAGUUCAACACAGGCUUCAAUCUCCAAGUGAGCCACCGCCUAGUCCUCCCAAAAGACAAACUCCUCCUCCACCUCCCCCGGAGAAGGGUCCUCGAAACAUUCGCCAGAAUUCAUUCCCAUCGCCCACCAAACUUCCUCCAGCAGUUCCUCCACACGCAAUCGACCCUAGCACGUUAAGCCCCACAAAAAUCAGCCCGGAAAAACUAAAAUCACCGCUCCGACAAGCGGAACCACCGCCACCAAUCAUUCCAUCCUCACUACCUCCCGUUGCUCCUUUACGUAGCAACAAGUCCGUGGACGAGCCACCGGAAAAGGGCAUCCGGAAGAAAUCGCUGGAAACCAACCUCGAUGAGCAAACAACUCGGCAGUUCAAAUAUCCGGAACUCGGCGGUCUGCGACGCCAAUCGACCGAGAAGGACAGCGGAACCAGCGGGCUGACAUCACCGGCGCACGCCAUCAGCUCGUCGCCGAGCCCCGGGGCCAGUGCCUCGUCAGGGCCUUCCUCGCCGAUUCACACCGAAGACGAAAAGCAGGAGAACGAACCCACGGAGAAAGCAAGCGACAACAAGCUGGACGAAGACGAAGGCAUCCCGGCGGAGGAAAAAAUCGGAAAAUCCUCCCGUUCCGACGACCUCGACGACCAGCACGUUACGCGGCGCAAGAAGGCUUCGACGAGCAUAUGCUUCAAGGUUCCGGCGGCGGGACUGGGUGCCCGCCCACCUAGCAUCAUCAGCAGCAGUACCACCACAGACGAGGGUGGCUUCAACGAACCAUCACCAGAGAUCAAAGCCAAACUCAAGCCGGCCUACGAUUUCGACGUGGUAGCUGCAGAUUUGCCUGCGUCACCUCCGAGGCGAAACCUCGGGAGCGCAGCCGGUGCAGCUACGAAUGGAGACGGCGAUGGAGCACUACUCGAACCGCUGGUACCCACGGACGAGGAACCGCAGCUAAACUACGCCGAUCUGGGCUAUCGGUUACGUCCAGAUGGGACAGAGUGCGAUGAAAUCUACGGUGAAGUAGAUCGCUAUCAAAGUGCCAACAGCAGCAGUAUUAUCACCAACAAUAGUAAUCAACCGUUAGACGUAGGCCACGGCGCUAGUAGUGUAGACAGUAGGAAUGCUAAUAACAAUACACGAUCUCAUUUGAACUCAACUAACAACAAUCAGCUGCCAUCGGAAACGAUCACCACAAAUGGUAGCUCAGACAAACCCGACAACGACGAUGUGCCAAUGGCGGAGAUGGAUCGAGUGCUAUACGCUUCAAUCGUUCCGAAAGCAACCGGGGAUUCUUCCUCGACCAUUGCCAGCAGUGAGCUGGCUUUUAUGGAUUUAGAAAAGGAUGAGGCUAAAAUUCUGGACCUGGAUGAACUUAGUGAAGGGGUUGGCGAAAAAGGCUACCACAGUCCGCAGACGAUCCUUGAUCCGACGCGACCCACCUUGAGCGAGUAUGAAGAUGAUUAUAGCAACAAGACAUUGCCGGAUCCACCUUCAUUAACGUCGAUGCGACCGCCACCGAUUCCUGAAGGCCCACCGUUAGACCUGCAGGAUGUUGCGUACGCCGAUGCCAGUGACACCGAGCACGACAGUCUGGUGCUGCCAGACGAGAUGACAGCAGAUGAAGCGGAGCGGUUGCUCAGUUCGAGGACUGAAAAGGAUGCGAAGCCUAUUUCGCAAAUACAACAACCACUUCUCUCGGAUGAACAAGCCCGCGAAGUAGAGCAGAUUCUGCUCAACAACAAAACCAAAGCCGAAACCGAUUCCUUCCGACCGCCUCCACUGCCAACGCAUUCACUUCCAACCCCACCUCAGGAAUUACGCAAAGAACCGGACUCGCCGCCGGCUGUGCCCUCAGCGGAGCCUACCCCGCCUCCCUCGGCGACGGACGAACCGGAUUGGCUGAAGGACGUCCUAGAGGCUCCAGCCAAAAAUGGAAUUGCUGCCCCUCGCGACAAACCUCCUCCUCCGCCACCGCCGCACAGUAUCGCCUCGUCGAAUGGUCUGGAACCUCCGGCGCCACCGAGUCGUAACAACUCCACUAGUCAGUUCGAGGAGACCGGCAAUACGACCGAUCUGCUGAACCAAACCAUACUCGAUUCGUCAUCGAUCCUGCAGGAUUCGUACGUGUCGGGUGAUUCGAUGCCCAGUGUGACUACUUCCGAUAGUUUGAACCUUAGUAAGCAGGAGGAACAGCAAACAACGAACGACGCCGAAGCCGACGUUUCGGCAGACGAGAGUAACAACUCCGGGUUCUACAACGCAGAGUAUCCGCCGGUCAAGAGCAAGGAGGUGUUCGUUAAUCAAGAUGGGGUGCACUUUUUCGAAGAUGGUAACUUUUGGAUGGAGGUUCCUGGGUUGUUAGAGUCUGAUGAAGAGGAUGACGUGCGGAUUAUUAAGAAGAACACCAAGGUAAGGUUCAGUACCAAACCAAUGCAGGUGUUCUCGACUUUCUCGGUCAAUGAUUACGACCGGCGAAACGAGGACGUGGAUCCGGUAGCUGCAUCUGCCGAGUAUGAACUCGAGAAGCGGGUAGAGAAGAUGAACGUUUUCCCGGUGGAGCUGAUGAAGGGUCCGGAGGGACUAGGGUUGAGCAUCAUCGGUAUGGGAGUCGGCGCAGAUGCUGGCUUGGAAAAGCUUGGUAUCUUUGUCAAAACUAUUACCGAUAAUGGUGCGGCAGCACGAGAUGGGAGGAUACAGGUAAACGAUCAAAUAAUCGAAGUCGAUGGCAAGAGUCUAGUCGGUGUAACGCAGGCAUACGCUGCCUCGGUACUGCGUAACACUUCUGGCCUGGUGCGGUUCCAGAUUGGGCGCGAACGUGAUCCGGAAAAUUCCGAGGUCGCCCAGUUGAUUCGCCAGAGUUUACAGGCGGAUAGAGAGAAGGAAGAACGGGUCAAACGCCAGCUGGAGGACUACCUUCGUCGGAAUACGGAAAUUUCCGAGGACUCCACCCUGCCAGUGUCGGCCAAUUCCAGUGUAUCGGAAGGCCCGAUCAGCCCAACCGGAGCGACGGCGGAAUCGUUGUUCGAAACGGAAGCUGCCCGAUCAAGUGACGUGGAAUCUUUGCGACGAAUAUUGCAAGAGAAUCUUAAAACCAUUGCACUGCAUGAGGGCGAUAUCCUUAACCUCAAACAACAGCUCAUCAAAUACCAAGAGAAUUGCAAGGAAGCCGAUGCUUUGUCCGAGCGAGUAAAGCAAACUGAAAGAGAACUGGCCAACAUCAAGAAGGAGGCUAACAAUUAUCAGAACAUGUUGCAACAAAGUCAGGCCCAGUACCUCACGCUCGAGAAGAAAUAUGGCCGUGUGAAGAAAAUACUGCGCGAGUAUCAACACCGGGAACGAGAUAUGAUUCAAUUCCAAGAGUAUUAUGUUCAGCAUCUACAAGAGAAGGAUACGGAGUACAACGCGUUGGUCAAGAAACUUAAGGAUCGUGUGAUCCACCUGGAACAGGAACUGCAGGAAACCCAACGAAAGGCUGGUUUUCCAGUGAUAUUGCCAUACGACAGCACCAGUCUGAAACUGACUCCUCAAAUGACUCGCAAGCAGCCACCAAAGCCAGUAUUUCAGAAACUGGAAGCGGAGCUUUCCGACACUGAAUUUUCCGACCUAUCCCCAGACGGCGAAGGUGAAGACGGUAAGACGGCUACCGUCGAAAGAAAGCUACCCACCCAAAAAGAUGACGAACUGGACACAGCCAUUCCGCAGCAUGAACUCUUGGAUAACUCGCUAAACAAGGGAAAGAGCGAUCUGGUAGCGCGAGGGGGUCUAGCCAAAAGAAGUCUUCCCGGAAAGAAAAGCCACAGCAAUAGCGGUUCCGAUUGCGCGUUGGACGAAAGCGAAGAGGAAAUCACCGACUCCACGUCGGUAUCGCACGAGUAUACCGGACUCUACAGCACCCCUCAGAUUAUCAACAGGCCGCUGAAUAACAUCAAGAAUGGUCAGGAGAAUUCCGGCCUUCCAGUUUACGCUCAGGUCAACAAGGACCGCGGCGAGCAUCAUCACAGCGUCGGCCAAACUCAUCACACUACCAUCCCCAAUAUAUACCGGAAUCCACCCUCGGAUAACAAUAAGCUCAACUCGAGCUAUGGUUCCGAUCUCAAUGCUUCCUAUGAUAGCGAUCUCGGAUCUUCCACCGACAAGCUGAAGGACAGCGGAGUUUCCAGCGACAGCUGGAUGUAUCCCUCGCGGAGACCCAAAGGACUGAAAGGCAUCACGCCGCCAAUGCUAGCGGAGCAGCUCAAAGAACGACUCGCUGAACGACGUACAGUCGACGAUGGCUCUUCGCGAGACUCGAGCGACGAUUAUUCCGAAAUAAACCAGCGACACGUCAGCCCUGCCACUUCCCUAUCCCAAAACCUUCUGUUUGAAAUUAAGAAAGCGGUCAACGAAGCUCAACCGAAAGUGAAAAACAUUCUCCCACAAAAUCUAUCUCCUCCAGGAAGUAGCAGCCCCUGGCAGCAGCAGCAACAGUCGUCGCCACAGAUUGGGCAAUCGGGGGGAACUGGAUCGCAGGGUCCACCGUCGCCGUCGAGUGUUUCCAGUGGGUCGACGUCACCGGGAGCGUACUCGCCGAGUCGGACGCUGGACCUGUCGGGGUCGACGUCGAGCUUCUCGAGUGAUCGCAUCCGGGAUUCGCAUCAGUGGAAGAGUGGCCCAGUUGAGGAGUGGUCGAACGAACAGGUCUGCCAAUGGUUGCUAGGUAUCGGCUUGGAAGUGCAUAUACCGGCCUUCGUGAAGCACUCGGUCGAGGGCGGAGCGCUGCUCCAACUGGAGAAACCGGACUUCAAGAUCCUGGCCGUCGGUGGUGAGGACAAAAAGCACCUCAAACGCAACAUCAAAGAACUUCGGCGGCUCAACGAGAAGGAGCGCAAGCAGAACGAGAAGGACCGCCGAGAGCGGGAGAAGCUCAUCAAGAAGGCGGAGAAAAAAGCCGAAAAGGAUCAGAAGAAGAAGAAGUAAAAGCCAAAAGUGGGGUAGUUAAAACGUACGAUUAGGUUUUUAUGUGCAUUUAUCUCAUAAACACGUGUAUUGUUGGGGAUGGGAAACAUACAAGAAAUCCGUAGAUUCGUGUAAUGAGUUAUUUGUAAAACAGAAACUCAGCAAUAUGUACUACGAACGUAGAAUUUAGAGCAAGAAGACAGGGCAAACAGACGAAAUUGUAUAGAUAAUUGAGUGACUUUUGUUUGAUAUUUCCUUUACCUUACUGUGUUUUGUUUAUCGUUUUCUUUUUUAGUUCUACAACAAAUUUGUUUGUUAGAUAGCUUGUUUAUAUAGUGCUAGUGAUUGAUAGCUGAGAUUUAUUUAUACCGAUAUCAACAAAAUUAGUAGUACAUAGCAUGCACACUUAAUUUUUUUUACCGGGAUCUCAGCAAAAUGUUGAACUUUUACCGAGAAUCGCACAGCCGUGCCCCAGCAAACAUAUUUUUUGCCGAGAUUUCUGUCAAAAUUGCUGAUAAUCAGCAAAUAAUUUGCCGAAAAUCAGCUAACAAACACUAUUUUUGCCGGAAUAUCAGUUAUUUAUUUUGCUGGCGCACGGCUGUGCGGAUUUUUGCCGAGCUGCAGAAAUAAAAACUGAGUGUGUGGAACUGAAAAUACACAUUGAACACAAUAAUUAGUUGUUAGUCUGUUGGCGAGCAGGGAAUCCGCUGAGCGGAUACCCAUCCGCUGCAUAGAUCGUCCUUUAUUUCCCGUAUGCACGGGGAUCGGUUAUGUAUCAUAUAAUUCAUACGAUAAUAGCAAAACAUGCGCUUAGGAGCAUGGAAAAAUUUCUUACUUUGUUCCCCUUCUUAUUCUAGGGAAACUGUAACAAAUACAACAUUUUUCUUUUUAGUUUUUUUUGUGAACCUAAAUUAUUUAUUUGAAAAUAAAUACGACAUACUCACACACAAUCAUACACUUACACUUACGUACAUACAUACAUUCAAAACAAUCAACACAUAAAAAACAUACAACAAAGCCAUUCGUCAUUUUUGAUAGUCUAGUAGUUUUAGUAAUGAUAAAUAAAAUAUUACAAAAAAUGAAAUUAAAUAAAUACGAUACACAAACACAAAAAACACAUUUGUAAUGGAAACUGUUAUUCGGAAGUGUAGUACUCGCUAUACAAGUCUAAAUCAUCAACAUACAAAUCGAUAUUGCUGAUUCUAACAAUCAUUUUUUUUUUCAAUCUGUUGAGUAGAACGGAACAACAAAUGAAUCAAGCAAGAAUUGUUUGUGUAAUGAAGAGCCUAUUAGCAGGAAAAGCGUGCGAAAACUUAUUGUUUGGCCGAUGAAUGGUAAUCUGAUGUGUUCGAGGGUGAGCGUAUCUACGGUAGGUAUUUAUUAUUUAUAAAAAUGAUGGAACACUGUUUCGAAAAGGAUUAUUGCUAGGAACACUUGACGAAGUCGAAAAUAAAUGAAACCAAAAUAUUGGAAAAGUAGCAAGUAAAAAAAUAUGUGCGAAUAAAAGUAUAAAAAUAAGUUUUAAUCAA